AUGGCGCCUGCCCAGCUGUACUGCGUGUGCCGGCAGCCGUAUGAUGUUCACCGGUUCAUGAUUGAAUGUGACAUUUGUAAGGACUGGUUCCAUGGCAGCUGUGUUCAAGUGGAAGAGCACCAUGCCGCUGAUAUCGACCUCUACCACUGCCCUAACUGUCAGCCCAUCCAUGGACCCUCACUCAUGAAGAAGCGUAAUAACUGGCAUCGGCAUGACUACACAGAGGUGGACGAUGGCACUCGGCCAGUGCAGGCCGGCACCGCCAUCUUCAUCCAACAGCUCCAGGACAGGAGCUUCCCCAGCGCUGAUGUGGUCAUCGUACCUAUGCAAGGCAGUCACGUAACCCAGCACUACCUGGAAACAGAAGGGUUCCACUACCCCAUCAUGGUGCCUGACCUUGACGGCCUGGGACUCAAAUUACCACCGCCGUCCUUCUCCGUCAGAGAUGUGGAGCAGUAUGUAGGUGGAGACAAAGUCGUUGACGUGAUUGAUGUUGCCAGACAAGCAGACAGCAAGAUGAAACUGGGCGAGUUUGUGAAGUACUACUACCAGCCUGCACGACCCAAAGUGCUCAACUUAAUCAGCCUGGAGUUCUCUGAUACGAAGAUGGCAGACCUGGUGGAGGUGCCAGAGAUUGCUCGCAAACUGUCCUGGGUGGAGAACUACUGGCCAGAUGACUCCUUCUUCCCCAAACCAUUUGUGCAGAAGUACUGCCUGAUGGGUGUGAAAGACAGCUACACAGACUUCCACAUCGACUUUGGUGGCACCUCUGUUUGGUACCAUGUGCUCUGGGGAGAGAAAGUUUUCUACUUGAUUAAGCCAACUAAGGCUAACCUCGCACUGUAUGAGUCGUGGAGUUCAUCGGCCAAUCAGAGCGAAGUUUUCUUUGGGGAGAAAGUGGACAAGUGCUACAAGUGUGUGGUGAAGCAGGGCACCACCAUACUGCUCCCUACAGGUUGGAUCCAUGCAGUGCUCACCUCUCAGGAUUGCAUGGCAUUCGGAGGGAACUUCUUGCACAACUUAAACAUAGGCAUGCAGCUCAGGUGUUAUGAGAUGGAGAGAAGGCUAAAGACUCCAGAUCUCUUUAAGUUCCCCUACUUUGAGGCCAUUUCUUGGUAUGUGGCAAAAAACCUUCUAGAAACACUAAAAGAGUUGCGAGAGGACAAGUGCCAGCCGCAGGCACAUCUGGUGGAAGGAGUGAAGGCUUUAAUCUCUGCACUGAAGACCUGGCUAAGGAGGGAGUUAACUGAACCAACAAGCGAGGUUCCAGAUAACAUCAGACCCAGCCUUCUCAUUAAAGAGCUGACCAAGGAGAUCCGCCUCUUGGAGGAGGACCCAAGCAGGCCGGUGAAAUCUCAGGGAAUCACAGAGUCUCCACCCCCACGCUCCUCCCUGGAGAGGAGGAGGCAGGUUCGUCGGGUGGCUCGACGGCUCCACCGUCAUCAUCAUCAUCAUCAUCAUCAUCACCACCAUCAUCAUCAUCAUCGUCAUCAUCAUCAUCAGCAUAGUCACAAAUUGCCGUCGAACCUGGACAUCCUGGAGCUCCAUACCCGAGAGGUGCUCAGGCGGCUGGAGGUCGGCCCUCUGGAAGAGCAGGACUCUGACUUCAGCGCCAGAGUGAAUGGAAAAUUUAAGAAAAUCUUUGCACCAUCUGCAGUAACUGUAAAGAAGGGAAGUCCUGACAACGCCCUGCGGCUGGUGCUAUGUAACGGCCGGAUCAUGCGAGAGAGACGACGGCUUGCCAGUGGAUUGCUGAAGCGUGAGCAAGACAAAGCAUUGCCAUGCCAACAGGUCAAGACAGAAAAGGCAUCGCCAUGUCAACAACAGAAAGUGAAAAUGGAGAGCAUGGAGGCUGGGUUAUGGAUGCAGGACACUAUGGGACAGGAGAGAGCAACCAAUCACCGACUCAGGACAGAACACGCAGACUCAGAUCUGGAGUCGGGUAGCGAGAAGGCAGCCAGUGUGGAGACUUCUUCCUCAGACUCAGGAAGCUCUGAGGAUGAGGUGCAGAGUGUGAAACAGAGAAGGAAGGGCUCAGGGAGCCAUGUGGCUGGUCACACAAGGCAUGGCCAGAAUCACAAACCACUUAAACGUGAAUGCCCUACCUCACCCAGCACUGAGAAGACCCUCCAAGACAUGCUGUCUUUGACUGGGCUGAUGUGCCAGCAGACACCAGAGGAGGGCACUGUGUCUCAGGAGGCCUGGUGGUCCACUCAAGCCCCCCAGGUGGGAAGCCCAGGAGAGGAGCACCUGUACAGGGACAGCUCGCUCUCCCCUCUGCUCCAUCCCACCAAGCGACAGACCCAUAACCCCAGUCCCAUCAGUAACCAGGCCACUAAAGGAAAACGUCCUAAGAAAGGAAUGGCGACCGCUAAGCAGAGGCUCGGCAAGCUUCUAAAAAUGGGCAGUCACACACGUCUACUUGUGUAAAAUGAGGAAGAAUCAGAGCGCAUGCGCACGCGCACACACACACACACACACACACACACACACAGCACUCUUAUUGUACAUGUCUAAGCAACAUGGUAUGUUAGACGGCGCUAGCAUGCUGCUGCUUCUCAGCUCACAUGAAGCAAAGGAAAAAUUACAGAACACAUCCUCAAAAAUAAAAAAGUGCAGGGAAAUUUUAAUCAACCUUGAAACAGAAAAGAAAAAAAAAGCCAAAAGUUUCUGGAUGGGACUUUGAGCAAGAGGCUGUGUAAAAAUAGAGGCCAUCUCUGCUGUAUUUACGCACACACAGGCUGUUUUUACCAUGGAUGGACACAAAGAUGGCCUCAGUGUUGCUUCUCUGGGGCUUGGCAAAAGCUGUUGAUUUGUUCAGCUUUUUUGCCAGUCCUGCAGGUGUAAACCCACCUUUUGUAAAUUUGUUUUUACCGUUCAGCUUGGCCAGAUCCUUCCCCGCCCCUCUCCUACCUCCACAAAGAUGUGUAGCAUGUGAAAAUGGUGCUUUUGGGUCAAGGGUGGCUUUGGUGUUUUAUCUCAGUGCUUGAUAGCCUUGUUAUAAUCUCCUCUUUGUCUCCCUCUCUCCUUUUGAUAGUUAAUUGCCUUCAUCCUCUUUAGCUGUUAUGUUUUUUUGGCUGGGAAUGCUGAGGUUAGAAGACUGAGGGCUAGUAUGGACACAAAAUAAGUGAUUUCAGUGGAUGAUCCCUGAUUGCAAAUAUUGUCCAACACCAAACCUUAAUCUCUGUGUGGAAAACCAGCCUCGAAGUGUCUGAACGGUGCUGAACAUUGCGUAGGCCGUCCACCAUCCAGUCGCACAAAGCAAUAAUUGUUCAGUAUUGAAUGGUUGAUUUUGAGUUUCUUUAUUGUCUAUAAGCAGCACUCCGACAAAGCUCGCAUGGCAAAUAAGAUCAACAGACAUCGUUUCCAUUCAUUAACACACAACAAUAAUUUGACACUGCUUUUGUUUUCUCUGACAGCUAAUUGAGUUACUUGCAUUGUCCAUGUGUUUCCAUUGGUAGCCAACAAUAAGAAAUGGAGAGGGCCAAAGCACAGUGCUAUUGCAACACUGGUCUUAAAAACGGCCAGUUUGGCACCACUUUGUGGCCAGACUGGAUAUUUGUAACAGGCAGCUUUAGAGAUGCUGAGCUGUGGACUGCAAGGAGUGAGAGUGUCAUUUUGUAAGAGCAUCAAAGCUCAGGGAGAAAUGACAGUUUGUGUCCUGCCUAAUUUGUGUUGCUCUUUUUCAGUGUAUAUUUUAAAUGUAAUGUGGUUUUUGUAAUGUUUUCUGUUGGCUGUUAACUUAUUAAUUUCUAAGAAAUGAAAAUUUUUAAAUUACAUUUAUGCUUCCUCCUAUAAGGUUUGUUUUCCCUUUUUGCAAAAAUAAUUUCUGUAAAUAUGUGAAAAUUAGAAUGAAAGAGCAAAGAUUUUUUGUAAGCAAUGACUUGAUGCAUUUUCAUAGAUUUGGUAGUAAUCAUGGUUGUUUUAGCUAAAAAUUAAAAUUUAAUUUGACUUAUUUACAUAAGAACCCUUCCAACAUGUCCAGAGUCUGAAUUGCACUGUAUACUUAAUGAAAUGUUCAUUUGAAAUGUCUGUAGUGCCUGUUCUGUGCUUACACCAUUAAGAAUAGCAAAAAAGAAUAGC